UCCAUUUAUCAUUUUAAAUUUUGCACAAAAAAAAUACUGUUUUUCAUAUCAUACAUCAAUUUGAGAGUUCUCACACUAACGUCAACAUUUUCUUGUCAAAACCAAAUUUCACUUUUCGUGUGGCCCAAAUUUUUGUCGCAAGAUGUAUAUGUCCGCGAUUUUUGUUUUUGUUCUGUUUGCUGUCUUCAAAUUAUCAGUCCAAUCUCCAUAUUACCAGUGUGAUGACCCUAUAUUUUGCUCUGGAAAAGUGCUCCACACUGUACAGUCCCUCAGAAUCUAUCGUCAUUCCAAAACGUUUGUUGAUCUGAAGAUGUCCAAUACCCCAGACGUCAUCCUUCAGAAUUUCGACAUAUUCAUGUUCAAAAACGCUCAUAAACCAAGUGCUGCUAGUGUUAGAAAAUUCCUAAGAGAAAAUUUUGGCGAUGGUGAUGAGCUUGAGACUUGGCUCCCUCCUGAUUUCAAAAAUAAUCCAAGCUGGUUGCUGAGGAUAAAAGAUCAAAGAAUAAGAAAAUUCGCAUUUGAUUUGUUGCAAGUAAUACCGAAAAUUACGAGGAAAGUGAGGCAGAAUGUUCUGGAUCAUCCAAUACAUUAUUCCUUCAUAGCUGUUCCCAACGGAUUUGUAGUACCAGGCGGUAUCAAUAAGGAAUCAUACUAUUUAGACAGCUAUUGGAUUAUAAGAGGGUUGUUAGUGAACGACAUGACCACUACAGUUAAAGGCAUCUUAAACAAUUUCAUACUGAUGGAGAAAAAAUAUGGAUACAUACCACGAGGAACAAGAAUUUAUUAUUGCAACAACUGGCAACCACCAGUUUUGAGUCUUCUGGUUGAUCUCUACAUGAAGCAAACUAACGACAUUUAUUGGUUGCGAGAAAACAUCGAUGUUCUUGACCACGAGCUUAGGCAUUGGCUGAACUAUAGGUGUUUUGAGUUGACAAGAAACGGCGAAGUUUAUACCUUAGCCAGAUACACUAAUAGUAAUCCCAACCCAAGACCUGAUAAGUACCAUUUAGAUUACAGUUACUGCUCAAUUUUCAAUACAACAAAUUUAGUCAAAAUGUGCUACACUAACAUCAAGGCACCUGGUGGUUCAGGAUGGUAUUAUCCAGAAAGGUAUAUAUUCGACGAGAACUGCAGUACUAAUGCAAGUGUGGCUUAUACUUAUCCAAGAAGGGUUCUACCAGUUGAUCUAAACGUCUAUUUAUGCAAAAGUUUCCAGGUGAUGUCCCAAUUUUAUGAAAAAUUGAACGAUCAUAUUAACGCAACCUUUUAUAAAAAGAAAUACGAACAUUGGAUAAGAAGCAUACAAAAAAUCCUUUAUUCGGCAAAUGAUGGCAUUUGGUACGACUACGAUAUAGGACAACAUAAGAAACGACCUUACUGUUAUCCUACAAACUUUGCACCACUUUGGGCAGAGAUCUUCGACAAAAGGGAAACACCAAAGUUGGGCAAGAAGGCUCUGGGUUAUUUCAAGAGGAUGAACAUGAUGCCAUUUAGAGGUUCAGAAGGGUUGCCGCAACCCAAGCAUGAUCUUCUCAAAAUGUUUAUGCCCUUCAAGCACAUGGUAGUUUUAGGCCUAUACAAUUCUGGCGAUGCGGAAGCUCAAGAUUAUGCUAGAGAGUUUAUGAGACGUUGGUUGGUACAAAGUAUAGAAUGCGAAUGUUGCAAAUAUGACAUUUACGAUGAUGUUGACUUAAGAAGUUACGAAUUUAGGUGGGGAUGUGGCUGGUUGGUAGUAUGUUCAUUGGAUCUCAUAAACACUUUUUUUGUAACACCAAAAAUGGAAUAAAAAAAAAUUACAGUGA